ACUUGAAAACAAAAACAAAACAGACGUCAGAAGUGUUUCGUUUCGGGGGUGUUUUUAUAUACGACUUGGUCGCGAAUUUUUCUUGGGGUAUCAAAAUUUCGACGGCUUUAGGGGAUUUAAUUCCAAACCAAAUAGUGAAAUAAUUCGAAAUGUCCUCAUUAAUUUUGCUGCGCAAUGGCCAGUUAGCAAAGCAACAGGGCAGUGCCGCAUUGAGUGUAUUUUGCGUGCGCCACUCGUCGAGCUCUUCCGAUGCGCCCCGCCCACUGAAGUCAACCAAUCUCGGCACGAUGCGUCGCGGUACCGGCGGACGCAGCAGUUUCAAUGGUAUUGUUGCAACCGUAUUUGGAUGUACAGGUUUUGUGGGGCGCUAUGUUUGCAAUAAACUGGGCAAAACUGGCACCCAAAUGAUUCUUCCCUAUCGUGCUGAUUUCGGUGAGGCUAUUCGUCUAAAGGUAUGCGGCGAUUUGGGCCAAGUGCUAUUCCAGUUUUUCGAUUUAAGAGACGAAAAGGCUAUUCGCAAUGCUGUGAAGUACUCUAACGUUGUCAUCAAUUUAAUCGGUCGCGAAUUCGAGACGAAGAACUUCAAGUUCAACGAUGUGCAUGUAGAAGGUGCUCGCCGUAUUGCUAGAAUCAGCAAAGAAGCUGGCGUUGAACGGUUGAUUCACUUGUCUGCACUGAAUGCUAGUCCCGAACCCAUGAGCUUUGUUCUCGAGGGUGGGAGUAAUUUUUUGAAGAGUAAAUACUGGGGUGAAUGCGCGGUACGCGAUGAAUUCCCUGAUGCAACCAUUAUCAGACCAGCAGAUAUCUAUGGUUCUGAGGAUCGUUUCCUCCGCUAUUAUGCUCACAUUUGGCGUCGUCAAUUCCGCGCGAUGCCACUAUGGUUCGCCGGAGAGCGUACUGUAAAACAACCGGUUUAUGUGUCGGAUGUAGCGCAAGCCAUUAUCAAUUGCGCUAAGGAUCCAGAUACCGCCGGUCAAGUUUACCAAGCUGUGGGCCCCAAGCGCUAUCAGCUGAGUGAAUUGGUCGACUGGUUCCAUCGCGUUAUGCGCAAGGACGAAAAAUGGUGGGGCUAUCAUCGCUAUGACAUGCGUUGGGACCCUACUUUCCUUCUCAAAGCCAAAUUCACAGAACUUAUCUGUCCAGGCCAACCCAUAGGCGAAGUACAUGUGGAGCGUAUUGAACGCGAAUGUGUUACCGAUGUCGUGCGUUCGGACAUACCAUGUCUGGAGGAUUUAGGUGUACAACUAACUGCCAUGGAGGAUCAAGUACCAUGGGAAUUGCGGCCAUAUCGUGCAGCGCAAUAUUAUGAUGCCGAAUUGGGAGAAUGGGAGGAACCAUCACCACCUAAACCAAUAGCGCAUCGUGAUGAAUUGCGUAUGUUUGCAUAAAAAUACGGCCAAGGCAACAACGCUGACAACGAGAAAAGUUAUGAAAGUUAUAGGCAAGGUAAAUCAAACGAUAGUUGGUGGCGUUGGUGGCCAGGCAGUGAUUUGAAUAAGAAACAUUUACAAAUACGCGAAUUACUGUUCGUUGUACUUGUUGUGCGUUCUCUGUGGUACGGAGUAACAUCUAGUGAAAUAUGGUCGAUUAUGAAUGAUUUUGGUGUAGUAAUUGAUGAAACUUUGAAAGGCAAAUAAAAUAAAUAAAUUGCAAAAUUAAACAUUUUCUAAAAAU